UAAAGUGUUUAUCCCGGGCCGCGGCGUUAUUAAAAAAAAAUGGAAAAAGAACUGUGUACACACACACACACGUAGUCUAUUUGUUGUCGCGGUUAAUCGAUUCAACGGAGACAGAAAAUUAGUCGUUUCUGUUUACACGCAGUAAAUUUAUCUGCCGCUUGGGCAGAAUUAUCCAGAGUUCAUUGGUGUCACCAUCACAGAUCUGUUCGGUCAGCUCUCAGUCAGUCGGUAUUGUGUUCGGCACGUGACCGGGAGUUCUCGCGUGCUUGUGGCUCUUGUGCAUCGCGUUUAUGCCUUGUCGGGUGGUUAUACUUUACCACAAGCGCAACGAUGGGUUUGGACGCGAAAAAAACCAGCGACGAUAGCGCAGACAAUCCGAAAGAAACGGUACGCGCGGUGGUCAACGAUGCCAAAAGUUUCAGCCCCGGCAAAAGGAAACACCAGUCCGAGCACGACUUGAAGUCGAAAGGUUUCGAUUUCGGCCGGAGGAACCAUUCAGAGCACGACAUGAAGCUCAAGGUGUUUGAUCACGGCAAGCGGAAGCACUCGGAGCUCGACCUAAAGACUAUUCGCUCCGAUCACGACUUGAAGGGCAAACACUCUAACCAGGACAAGUUGGAGGAACCGUCGUGUUCUAUACCGAGAAAUUUGUCCGUGAAGAGUUUCUAUUGGGUUAUCGUGAACAGCAUGAUCGAGGAGGGUGACCGCGGGCACGACAUGACCGCGGGAUUCGACUCCAGCGGCGCGAAUGCCAACGGGGAUGCCACCAAACGCAACGAGGAUGGCGUCUAUACCGUGUCCGUCACGGGGGGCUACGAAAAUGAGGGAUUCAAGGGCGAGGGAGACCUGGGGCCCCCGAUCAAGCCUCCCAGAGAGAUCACCGACGAGGAGGCCUCGCAACAGGGCAAGUUCAAAAUGUCGACGAAAGAAAAGUGGCGGAUCCUCAAAAACGUUUCAGCCAUCUCGUGCGCGUUCAUGAUCCAAUUCACAGCCUUUCAGGGAACGGCCAAUCUUCAAAGCAGUAUUAACGCCAAAGACGGUCUGGGAACAUUGUCCCUCAGCUCGAUAUUCGCAGCUCUUGUAGUCAGUUGUAUAUUUGUACCCUCGUUCUUAAUCAAACGGCUCACGGUCAAGUGGACGCUAUGCGUCUCGAUGCUCUGCUACGCCCCUUACAUCGCGGCACAAUUCUACCCCAAAUUCUACUCCUUGAUACCGACCGGGAUACUCGUGGGUAUCGGGGCGGCGCCCAUGUGGGCAUCGAAAGCAACUUACCUGACGCAAGCGGCCAGCGUUUACGCGAAGCUGACCGAUCAGCCCGUAGACGCCAUCAUCGUCAGGUUCUUCGGGUUCUUCUUUUUGGCGUGGCAGACGGCCGAGUUGUGGGGAAAUCUGAUCUCUUCACUUGUGUUAAGCAAUCCCCAUGGGGCGGGGUCAAGUUCCAACCACACCGAUUAUGACUCUUGCGGUGCCAACUUCUGUGUGUCUGCGAUCGGGUCUAACGAGAACCUGGAUAGACCUGCAGAUUCGGAAAUCUACGAAAUCAUGGGGAUCUACCUCGCAUGUAUAUUCAUCGCGAUCGCCCUGAUCGUCUUUCUAGUGGAUCCGCUUUCCCGGUAUGGCGAGAAACAGAGGCGAAACAGCGCGGUGGAACUCACCGGUAUCCAGCUUCUGUCGGCUACGGCAUACCAACUCAAGAAACCCUACCAACAACUCCUAAUUCCAAUCACCAUUUACAUCGGUAUGGAACAGGCGUUCAUAAGCGCUGACUUCACGCAAUCUUACGUAUCCUGCGCAUUGGGUGUAUCGAAUGUAGGAUUUGUCAUGAUCUGUUUCGGAGUGGUGAACGCACUCUGCAGUUUGCUGUUCGGCAGCGUCAUGAAGUACGUCGGAAGAGUGCCGAUAAUGAUUUUGGGCGUGUGCGUCCACGCCGGUCUACAAGCCUGGCUCCUCAUCUGGAGGCCCCAUCCGCUCACCCCGCUCUCAUUCUUCAUGGCUUCCGGGCUGUGGGGUGUCGGCGACGCAGUGUGGCAAACUCAAGUCAACGGCCUCUACGGCGCCCUUUUUAGGCGCAACAAGGAAGCCGCUUUUUCAAAUUACCGACUCUGGGAGUCAGUAGGUUUUGUGGUCGCCUACGCCUAUUCUACGCAGCUGUGCGCGCGCAUGAAGCUCUAUGUGCAGCUCGCCAUCCUCGUCGUUGGCUUCCUUUUGUACUGCAUCGUCGAAAUCCAUCACAUGCGCAAGGUAAGAAGACAAAAGGAGAAAGAGAAGAAGGCCGCCGAAUUGGCGGCAAGCAAGAAGAUUGCGGAACUCGAACCGGAAACGACGGACGACGAAAAAGACGACAUCGACGAUGAAAUUAUCGUCACUCAUUUGUAGAACACGUAUUUAAUAGGCAUUCCAUUUUUGGAUAUCGAUAUUCCACAUUCGGUACACUGUUUUGGAGAGGAUCGUGGGGCCAGUGUCAACAUUUUCAACAAUGUUCGAGUAGAUCAGUAUUUCCCAUGCAUUAGAUCAACUAAAUUUUAAACAUAUAUAUAUGAGGAUAUAGCAAAAUAAUGUGGGCUUGCCGAUUGCAAACGUUACGUGUAAUUGUUAUACGGACAAGAUAGGUAUGCGUAGACUUCACCGGGGCCCUAGCUAUUUAAGCGUCCAGUUUUCAGUAAACAAAUACUUUUACGCGUAUUAAUGUUUAUCAUUGCAUUUUAUCUGUGAUGGUGAAUGGAACGCUAACAUGUCUGUCACAGUAUACCUAUCUAUUUCAAUAGAGCUUGCCUUUUAUUGUAAAAAGGAUUUAUUCUCAAAGUAACAUUUUGUGAUAAAUUCUUAUUGAAAUAAACUCUAAACAUACUGCGUAUUUAUUUCCUGGAUAUAGUUCCCGAUUUUAUGUCAGUGCCAUUAAAUUUUCGUUUUUAGAUACCUAUACCUAUAUACACCACAUUCUAUUUUUCAAUGACAUAUAUCUGCUCACUUUGAGAACCUUUCGUAGGCGUAGGGUAUUUUUCGUUUGUUAUUUAGUUUAUUUAUAUAAUUUUAUUUCCCCAUAAAGUUACUGUUAUAUUCGUGUGAUUGUGUACAGAAAACUUAUGUUUAGCAUUAGAGUUAGCAGAGAUUAUGUAAUAUAGAAACUUAUAUAGCAAUGUAAAUUUAGUAGAGCCAUGCUGAAUAAUAAUAAAGAGAUUCCAGUAUAUGCUUAGGUCUUU